UGUGGGUGGCUCUGGCAGAAGCGCAAGCAGGUGGAAUCCGCUCCGUGUCGCUGCUGCUGCCCUUCACUGAAACACAAUCCCAUUGGGGAGGAAGAAACUCUGCGCAGCGACGAAGCAGUGAAACGCAAACAUUAACUUAAAUCAUCAGCGCCGACUACUUGAAAGGCAGCGUGGAGAGACUUAGUCCGAUGUGUGAUUAAUUCAGCUGCGUGUCUGCAGAGAUAAAACAAACGAACUUUCUCCAACGAGAGGGUUUUUUGCGAGACUGAGCCUGAUAACCCGGUGAAUCGAGUUUACGAAGAAGUGCUCUCACAUUUCACUUGUCUGUCAGCAGCAAGCGGACUUAUACGAAGCUGGGGAGCGGGAAAUGAACUCUUUGGACCUCUAAUCAGCUGUGGACUUUGACUACGCUUUAAAACAUUAUUCCCCACUCCAGCAGCUGCGUAAAGAGCCUACAUAUUAACAGGAGUUGUUCCUCAAGUCCGCGCUAUGGGGGAGCAGCCGAUCUACACCACCCGGGCCCAUGUCUUCCAAAUUGACCCAUCCACCAAGAAGAACUGGGUUCCUGCCAGCAAGCAGGCCGUCACUGUCUCUUAUUUUUACGACAGCACACGAAACAGCUACCGCAUCAUCAGCGUGGAUGGAUCCAAGGUGAUCAUCAACAGCACCAUCACACCCAACAUGACAUUCACCAAGACGUCUCAGAAGUUUGGCCAGUGGGCUGACAGCAGGGCCAACACUGUGUUUGGACUGGGCUUCUCUUCAGAGCAGCAACUGGCCAAGUUUGCUGAUAAGUUCCAGGAGGUAAAAGAAUCAGCUAAGCUGGCGAGGGACAAAUCUCAAGAGAAGGCGGAGACAUUGAGCAAUCACUCUGAGGAGUCUGGACGUGAGACACCCUCGACCAACCAGGCGUCCAGCAUUAAUGGGACAGAUGAUGAGAAAAUCUUUCAUGUCGGUCCGGAGGCUACUGUGCUGAAGACCGAGAACGACCGACUCAAGAGUGCAGUGGAGCUGAGCAACACCAACGCCAAGAAAUGGGAAACAGAGCUGCAGACUUUAAGAGAAAAUAACGCCAGGCUGGUGGAUGCACUGCAGGAGUCCUCUGCUAAUGUAGAGAGCUGGAAGAAACAACUUAGUACCUGCAAGGAAGAGAGUGACACACUCAGGGAAAAGAUUGCAGAACUGGAGGCUCAGUGUGCCGAGGCCGAUCAGGAGAAGCAGAAAAACGCCCAGCUUACUGUGCGAGUGCAGGAGCUGGAGGCUGAGCUGAACGACAAAGAGCAGGAGCUGGAUAAUCUGAGGAAGCAGGCAGAGAUAAUCCCUCAGCUCAUGGCAGAGUGUGAGAGCAUCACCACAAAAAUGCAGGCUGCAGAGUCAAAGAAUGGCGAGCUGGAGGGGCGGAUAGGAGGUCUGCAGCUGGACAUCGAUGACAGCCAACAGAAGCAGGACCACAUGAAGGGCGAGCUGAAGAAGUUCAUGGAUGUUCUGGAUGGAAAGAUAGACGAGCUGCAUGAGUUCAGGCAGGGGCUCUCCAGGCUGGGUGUUGAUAACUGAGAAAAGCAGCACUGUGUUGAAAGGGUCAGAGGUCAGGUGCGAAGGAUUCACUACAGUAUGUCUUCAGGGCUGAAACUAUGUGGCACCUACUCCCCCAGGUGAUGCCCACUCAGAAACUAUCAGCUUUGGCUUCUAAUAAACACUACCAUGUGAGGAAAAGAGGGUUUGGAGGGAGAGGGAGAUACUGGCAGGAGGAAGGCCAGCGUGCUCCAGCAAAUGGCUCCAUUUUUGUGUGCUGGCAUUCUGAAACUAAAUCAAGAGUCACACUUUGAGCUUACUUAUCUGUUUCUGUGGGGGGAAAUGGCUUUCAAAGCUGGUUGUGGGUUCUUAGAUUCUGUCCAUCUGUCUUUUUUCUGAAGGCUGCAGCUCUUCUUCACAGACAGUCUGAUUUUAGAGUAGAAGAGGGGACUUAAAAGGGCUAGAAUAAAAAAGACAAAGACAAUGCUGUUCAGCAUCACUCCAGUAAUAAUUGGUGUUAGACCUUGUGGCCCCCUCAGAUAAUUAGCAAUCUUUUUACUGGCUGUCCUCGCUGUUGCCUCCCGUCUAUCUCAGGUGUGUUAGGAGACAAGUUUGUACCAAUAGGAUUUUAUGCACAUACAUGACAAUGGGCCAUGACACAAAGUGCCUCCAGGUUAGUCUAAACACACCUGGCAAGGAGAACUGGCCAAGUGAUGACCAUCACCAUAAUGAUAACUUGAUUUCUGUGAGAAAACCACUCACUAAUACAAUGAGGUGCAGGCAAGCCCUCCCAUCCUGAGGAUGUUACUGUGGUUCAUGGGUGUCAAACUGGUGUUAGCACACAAACUGCUCUAAGAAGGCUUGUCUCUGUUGAUGUUUUCAGUAAACACAACUUUUUCUAUGUUUGUACAAAGAAGGACAACCAUCAGGAGCUUUCCAUCAGAAACAUCCAAACUAAUAAUAGGAAAUAAUUUUGCCAUGAGUGUAGUGUAGUGUUCAAAGGACUUAGUGUGUGCAGUAGUAUUGUUGUCCAUUUGUAGAACAAAGACGUGUCUCCAAGGCUGUUUCUGUGCUUCCUUACACACUGGGUUUUGUUAUGGUGGUGGUUCUGUUGAGGUGAGGGGACUUGGUGCUGUUCGACGGGUGAACAAUGUGAAAGGGUAUUUCACUGAAAAGAUGGCGUGGGCCUUUUCACUACAACCUGUCAGAUUCUUGCUUUUUGUUUGACCUAUUUAUUUAUUUUGGUGCCUCUCUGUAUAGAACAAACCAAGUAAAUCACCUUUACCUAAUGUCUCUAUCAUGUAUCUAUAGUUGUAUAAAGCUAUAUAAAAUACCAAACUGUUAGGAGUCAGAGGUUGAUUUUGCAGGAUGGUGUCAGAGCUGCUUUUGGGAAAUCCAUCUUUAAUCAUGGUACAUUUGAGAUCAGAGGCACGUGUUGUCGUGGCAUAUAUAUUUACUGGGUUAUACUAUAAUGUUAUAAGUAUAUUUUUUCAUCUGUUUUGAUCUAAACAUUAAGAUAUGUAUGAACCGAAUUUUUGCUUUUCUCUAUUUAACCAUACUGUUCAUAAGUCACCUGAACAACACAAAGUAUGACCCUUCCUUUUGAACCAAUGCCUCUUGUGCACUUUUGUGACUCCUGUUCAAUAUUGUACAAUAGAACUGACAAUUGUUAAAAUUUAGUUUAAUUAUAA